GAUGUAGCCUUGUACUUGUACUUGUAGGCAGUCGUGAGCUACAUGUAGCACGGGUAGGUCAGAAGAAGUAAAGUAACCGCGUAGUUGAACUACUUGUAGAUUCUGUGACUGUGUACUUCAAAGUAGAACUAAUCAAAUCGUGAAGAAGUGGCAAAGAGGAGUCUGGACCAGCCGCUAGUGUUACUUUUAGUCUUAUGUAUUACUCAUCAGACAGUAGGCAGUGUGUCAUCGGUCACUCGUUGUAAGAAUCGCGACCAGAAUCGCUAGCGUCAGGAGUGAAUCAAGGAGAUGGCGGCACCCCAAAUUGUGGAAAAAUGGCCAUUAGAACUCAACGAUGGUGAUCAUGUGUUUGUGCGCCGUUGUAAGCUUAAGUGGCAGAGGACGAUUGUGGAUGGAACCCGCGUUGAUCAAUACCUGUAUUCACAUCACGGAAUUUAUGAUGCAACUAAUCACACGGUCAUCGAGUUUGGAGACCCAGAUGACAAAAAGCUGCCCCAAAGGCAGCCCAAGCAAGAGUUGUUCUCCUUUGAGAUGGAGGCGCAACCCAAAAUUGUGGCCAAGAGUGCGGCAGAGCUCAAAGACGGUGAUCAUGUGUUUGUGCGCCGUUUCAAGUGGCAGAGGAAGACUGCCAAUGCAGACGGGACUGUCCGGUACCGAUAUUCUCAUCAUGGAAUUUAUGAUGCAGUCAACAAGAAAGUCAUUCAGUUCGGACGACCAUCGAAGGAAAGGCCUCAAAAGAGAGACGUGACGCCACUCUUUCUACCUGGAGGUGUUAGACGCAGGGCGAGGGAGGUGGUCAUGAAGGGCUUGGGAGGAUUUUCUUCGCUGUUCUCAUCCCAAAUCAUUCACCAUGAUCUGGGCACGUUCAUGCAGUAUCGAGAUAAGAAAGUGCUGGUAUACUCCUACUUAGGGGAAACCCCUAAUCAGGAACAUCCAGCAGAGGACCCCUAUGGCAUUGAUGGCAUAUCACCAGACUACGAACGGAACAAGUCAGUUGAGCUGCGGGGACAGGAUGCUCCACGUUCACAUGCUGCCGACAUCGCACGCUGGUUACUCAAAAACCAACCGCACUUGUUCAGCAGUUACCACAUCUUCAAGAGCAACUGUGAGCAUUUCGCCACUCUGUGUAAGACUUGCCGCAUAGAUACUAUGGAAGAGCUGGUAGAGAUAUGCAAGACAGAGUCCGUGAACGGAAUAAUGAAAAUGAACGACUGGACAAAGUACAGUGUGUGCCGCAGCUUGCAAUCAGAGCGGUACAUGCUUGGCGCAAGAGGACUGCGUAGCGUUACAGGCAAUGACAAAUGGAUCACGGAUGCAGGUGAUGAGGCUGCGAAGGCUGCAACCAGUGAUGAGCAGGCAGUUGCUGAAUUCACAGCAGGCAGAGACGAUGAGGAGGCGGCUUUGAUACGCCGCUGUGAAGCUGAGGAUUGUGAAAUCGAAGAGUGUGGACUGGAAGAUGAAGACGAUUCUUGAAAUGAAUCCCUCUCAUCCUUUUGUCCCCCCCCCCCCCCCUCCCACUUCCGAACACCUUUUUGCUAAGCCACUGGCUGUAGUGUGGGCAUGCAAUGAACAGCCUGUGAUAUAUAUUUGUCGGACAAGCACUUUCUGCAAACCUGUAGGCUGCAGGCAACCAGCCAUCUGUGACUACCGUUUACACAGCCACUCUUCUUAUCCAGAUACUCCCAUUUUCCCUCUCCAUUUUUCUUUCUUUUAAUCUUCUUUAAUCUCUUUACCUACAUUCUAUCCCGUUCUUAAGUGAAUUGUUAAAACGGUUUCUUUCUUCCUAAUUUGGCACGCAGGAUUGACAGCAAAACCGAGACCUGAAGGUCGUUAGAGUCAUUCCUGUCUCGUCAACACGCUGCAGUCUAUGCAUGGUUUCAUGUUCUGGAGUCAUUCCUGUCUCGUUAA